AUGGCUAUAAAUAAUGGCAAAACUAAUGCAGGCGAUGCGCCAUUUGUUAAAUCUGAUCCACCAACGUCUUACUCAUCAAAUAAGCGACAACCUCCGUCAGACGCACUACAAGAACACAUUCGCAUUGUAUUAGGAUGUGCAUCCAAUAUCUUGUCUUCAAUUGGUAUUAUAUUCCUUAACAAAUAUAUCUUCUCCCAUUGCCAGAUCAAAACGAUGACGUUAACAGCUAUUCAAAUGGCGAUCACUUCAUUGGGAUUGGUCAUCUGCUUGAAAAUGAAUACGUUCGUACGCAAAAGUGUGCCAUUGAUGAAAGUUUUACCGUUAGCUGCCGCUUUUUGUGCGUUCGUGGUCUUUACUAAUCUUUCCCUUGAAUACAAUACGAUCGGUACAUAUCAACUAUUCAAAGUCUUAACAACGCCCGUUGUCGCAUUGAUCUCCUGGCAAUAUUACAAAGAGAAAUAUUCACGAAUGGUUAUCGCUACAUUGAUACCUGUUGUCGUAGGUGUUUGCACACAUUCAGUUAACGAUAUUAAACUGACAUUUUUUGGUACAAUCAUUGCAUCGAUCGGUGUACUCGCAGCAUCACUCUACCAAGUUUGGGUUGGUGAACGUUUGAAAGAGUUAGAAAUGAAUUCACAACAGUUACUAUUUUAUCAAGCACCUCUAUCCGCGAUGUUAUUGAUACCGUGUAUUCUGAUAAUGGAAAGUUUGCCGUCGUACAAAACAAGUGAAGAACAGCGAACUGCAUUCUUUGCAGUUGUUGCAUCUGGCUUCGUGGCAUUCGCAGUCAACCUGUCCGUUUAUUGGGUGAUUAAAAACACAUCACCCUUGACGUACAAUAUGAUUGGACAUUUGAAAACUGUUUCGAUACUCAUUGGUGGCUGGUUCCUAUUCAAUGACACGUUGAACUACAAACAAUUCAUUGGUAUUUUAUUGACAUUAUUUGGUUUAUUUUCUUAUUCAUUCGUUAAAAUGGGCGAACAAAAUCAAUUGCCAUGUAAACGAUGGAAUACAAAUCCUGCCAAUAGUAUAGUUUAA